GACUGAAUGUGCCGUGGUGUGCUGCCACAUCAUCUGCCCUCACCGGGCUGCAUCCCAUUGAACAGUUGCACAAGUUCCUCUGAUCUGGGGCCAGUGUAAAUAUGCCUAUUUGGUUCAAAAGAUCAGACUGGGCGUCUUCAGUCCUUGUCUCUACAGUUUCCUGUCAAAAGGACGAGCUCCAGUGAAUGCCAAGUCCUGACUCAUGUUGCGUGUUUGUAGGUGGUGGGGGGGUUUUGGGGGCGGAGGUGCAAAAGGUGACGGUAGUGUAUUCCAGAGAGAGACACUGGUCGGAGACAGCAGUUUCUACAAGGUAAACAGGAUCUGGUCCUGAAGGCCGAGGGAGGUGCUUCUCAAGGCUCCCACAGACAAUACGCUGGGUAUUAUUAACGGAAACGGCUAAGAAUAGAGAGCAGGGGAGCGAGGUGGCUCCUCUGGCGGUCAUGUUGUUUGGGUUAAACGAGCCAGAACGAAACAUCAUCGUUAGAAGAGUGGCUUCUCGAGCUCACAUGGGUGUGUCACACACACUCACACACACACUGGCUGAGUGUUGAUUUCCAGUGCUUUAUCUGUGCAGCAGAAGAGGAGUAGUCCUGGAUCGCUCUCCGCUGCUUAUGUUGGCUUGUUUUGCUCAACGUUUUCGGAUUCGUAAGUAGAGCUAUUUUCAAAUGUGUUUUGUGCGGUUUUAAGUGGUACUCGGUAGCCGUUUGCCAUGUGUAGAUGUGACCCUGAAGACUUUCUCCUAAUUAGUAUCGGGCAACAAAUCCUUUGUUACAUUUUGUAUUUUUUCAAACAUAAAUUCUAAUUUGUUAACGUAUGAAAUGAUCAAACGGAAAUAUAAUUAUAAACAUCCGUCGAUGACACUGACUCAGCAUCGGCACCAGUAACAACGCAUCAGAGAAUAAAAGGGAUUUAUUAAUUCUGAAAGGGAUUGAAUGGACGUGCUUUCUUUCUCAUCCAUUUGGGCCCUUAACAUUUGAAAUGCUGGGUCCAGUUGGAACCCUUUCUCAAAACAAGAUUAAUCACGCCUGUGUAACAACAGUUGAAUCAAUAACACGAUAGAUCACACAGAAAAGUCAAUCAGGCGGUUCUUUGUCACAGGAAGCGUGCAUCUAUUGUAUUACUCUUAUCUGCAAUUAUCUACUAAAAUCUUCUUGUUUUUGACCUUUUUUUGUGAGCAGUGUACUAUUGAUAUUUGGGGCUGGGUAUUCGGUUGUGGAUUAUGUGAAGGCUGUUCAGGGAUCAGAGGCAAAGGCGAAAUAAACCAUGAUCCCCAUCACUGAGCUGCGGUACUUUGUGGACACGCAGCCGGCGUACCGAAUCCUGAAACCAUGGUGGGACGUGUUCACCGACUACAUCUCCAUCGUUAUGCUCAUGAUCUCCGUGUUCGGCGGCACGCUGCAGGUCACCCAGGACAAGAUGAUCUGCCUGCCGUGCAAAUGGGUGGUCAACAACACCUGCAGGAAGAACGUCAAUUCCACCCUCAUAAAUCCGUUGUACAUGCAGCCCAAGGGGAUCCAGUAUGAUCUGGACCGCCACCAGUACAACUAUGUGGACGCUGUGUGCUAUGAGAAUAGGUUGCACUGGUUCGCCAAGUAUUUCCCGUACCUAGUGUUACUUCACACCCUCAUUUUCCUCGCUUGCAGCAACUUUUGGUUCAAGUUCCCGCGGACUAGUUCCAAACUAGAGCACUUUGUGUCCAUCCUGCUGAAAUGCUUCGACUCCCCGUGGACAACGCGGGCGCUGUCGGAGACGGUGGUCGAAGAGAGCGACCCGAAGCCAAUGAAAAUGAACGGCUCGAUGGACCACAAGGCGUCCGUCGUCAGCGAGGACGUCGAGGCGAGCGUCCCCAUGCUGCAGAGGACAAAGACGCGCUUCGAGCAGGGCAUCGUGGAUCGGACGGAAACGGGCGUCCUGGACAAGAAAGAGGGGGAGCAGGCGAAGGCCCUGUUUGAAAAGGUCAAAAAGUUCCGGAUACACGUCGAAGAAGGGGACAUCGUGUACAGGCUGUACAUACGUCAGACUAUUAUCAAAGUCAUCAAAUUCAUCUUUAUCAUCUGCUACACAGGGUAUUACGUGCAUGAUAUUAAAUUCAGUGUUGACUGCUCGGUGGAUAUAGAGAGCCUGACGGGUUACAGCGUGUACCGCUGCGCUCACCCGCUCGCCACCCUUUUUAAGAUCCUGGCCUGCUUCUACAUCAGCUUGGUGGUGGUGUACGGUUUGAUCUGCAUGUACACGCUGUGCUGGAUGCUGCGGCGCUCGCUGAAGAAGUACUCGUUCGAGUCGAUCCGGGAGGAGAGCAGCUACAGCGACAUCCCCGACGUGAAGAACGACUUUGCGUUCAUGAUGCACAUGAUCGACCAGUACGACCCGCUGUACUCCAAGCGCUUCGCCGUGUUCCUCUCGGAGGUGAGCGAGAACAAGCUGCGGCAGCUCAACCUCAACAACGAGUGGACGCUGGACAAGCUCCGGCAGAGGAUUACCAAGAACUCUCAGGAGAAGCUGGAGCUGCACCUUUUCAUGCUGAGCGGCAUUCCCGACACCGUGUUCGACCUGAUGGAGCUGGAGGUUCUGAAGCUGGAGCUCAUCCCCGACAUCACCAUCCCGCCGAUCAUCGCCCAGCUGGUCAACCUGCGGGAGAUGUGGCUUUACCACACGCCGGCCAAAAUCGAAGCUCCCGCGCUGGCUUUCCUGCGCGAGAACCUGAAGUCUCUGCACAUCAAGUUCACGGACAUCAAAGAGAUUCCCUUGUGGAUCUACAGUCUGAAGAACCUGAGCGAGCUCCAUCUGACGGGCAACCUCAGCGCCGAGAACAACCGCUACAUCGUCAUCGACGGGCUCCGGGAGCUCAAGAGGCUCAAAGUUCUUCGCCUGAAGAGCAACCUCACCAAGCUACCUCAGGUGGUGACCGACGUGGGCAUGCACCUCCAGAAGCUCUCCGUCAAUAACGAGGGCACCAAGCUGAUGGUGCUCAACAGCCUGAAGAAGAUGGUGAACCUGACCGAGCUGGAGCUCGUUCGCUGUGAUCUCGAGCGCAUACCGCACUCGAUCUUCAGCCUGCACAACCUGCAGGAGAUCGAUCUGAAGGACAACAACCUGAAGACCAUCGAGGAGAUCAUCAGCUUCCAGCACCUUCAUCGGCUGGUCUGCCUUAAGCUCUGGUACAACCAGAUCGCCUACAUCCCCAUCCAGAUCGGCACGCUGACCAACCUGGAGAAGCUGUACCUGAACCGAAACAAGAUCGAGAAGAUCCCCGGCCAGUUGUUCUACUGCCGCAAGUUGCGCUUCCUGGAUCUGAGCCAUAACAACCUGACCCACAUCCCCACAGACAUCGGCUGCCUCCAGAACCUGCAGUACCUGGCAGUCACAGCCAACAGGAUUGAGGCUCUGCCCAAUGAGCUGUUCCAGUGCAAGAAGCUUCGCACUUUGAACUUGGGCAACAAUUGCCUGCAGUCGCUGCCGUCUCGCUUCGGGGAGCUGACCGGGCUGACGCAACUGGAGCUGAGAGGGAACCGCCUGGAGUGUCUGCCGGUGGAGCUGGGCGAGUGCCGGCAGCUGAAGAGGACCGGCCUGGUGGUGGAGGAGGACCUCUUCAACACCCUGCCCUCGGAGGUCAAGGAGCAGUUCUGGAAAACGGACAAAGAGCAGGCGUGAAGUGGUCUAGUGGGAACAGAUACUGAAUCAACCCGGGGGGGGCUCCACUCUCCCCACCGGGGCACGCUGAAGUGUACCGCCGGUAAGGUUUUGGGUAUCGAGAGCCGACGCCGGUUCGGGCGGGACCAAAUUGCAGAAAGCUCCCGGCCGUUGUCUUAGUUCUUCACUCUGUAGUCGAUUGUUCUUUGUUUUGCAAACAGCUCCUCGGGCCUUUACAGUGACACCAGUAGUGAUGCUUAGUGAAGGCCAUUGCAUAACACGCAGCCCACUUCAUCAUAAACAAUGACAGAUUUAGCAGUCCCAUAAGUUUUAGGUCAUAGCUGUAGUCCAUGUAACUAGUGUACAUUCUGGUGGCCAUUGUUCUUCAGGCCCUCGAAUACCCUUCAAUCUGACUGAAAUGGAACUAAAUGGGGUCGUCGUGGCUACAGAGGUAGAGAGGGUGUGCUGGGAACCGCAAAGUUGGUGGUUCGAAGUGUCCCUGAGCAAGCCACCUGACCCUAAUUGCUCCCCGGGCAAAAAUGUAAAAAAAAAAGCCAUGGCAUAAAAAUGUAAUGUAAGUCGCUUUGGAUAAAAGCGUCAGCUAAAUGACCUGUAAUAAUAAUAAUAAAAUCUACACAUGUGUCGGGGACGACAUACAGCACGUGGUGUUGGACUAGAGGUCCGAGGGGCUGAUCUGUUGCACCGGGUGCUGGGAGAGAAGCAUUCAAUCUACUUCUUCUUAUUCCAGAAUACGACGGCCACCCAGCGGAGUCGGUGGAGCAGAUACCCAAAGCUUACCGCCGGUAUCCUGUUGAGCGGAAACGCAGUGAAAACUGUGUCAUUGGCCGUUCCUUACUCACGUUGUACAGAAUAAAUGCAACAGGGGGGAAAGGUAUUGGAUGAGAUGCAUUCGAUUGGGAGUUCACAAAUGAUAACGCAGCGUUGACAUUGAAAAUGUUUGUUUGUCUGAAACAAACGCUUACCGGAAACACUACGUCUGUUUAUUAUCCACUUUUCUUCGUAGUCUUUCUGUAUUAAAUCAUGUGGAACUGCGUUAUUCAAAACAUGUGUGAGAUCACAGCCAUCUUUUAAUCGCAUACUACUUAAAUAAUUGUGUUGGAGUCCUUGAGAUGAGGUCAAUAUGGAAUUUAAUCAUCAUCUAAUUAAUAUGAAAAAGAUUUUUACGAGGGGAAAAAACGAUGCAGUAAGGAAACUAGUUACAUUGAGCUUAAUUUACAAAUUGUGACUCCUUCAAAAUAAAUCCUCAUUGACAAGUGAGAUUAGGCUUUUUUGAAAAGAGACAUGGCCGUCGGAUCAGUUGCCUUAACUUGUUUUCACACCCGUGUUAAGUAUUGAUUUCUGUUUCUUUUGUGGUCAAAUCUGCAGAGUUGAAAACCAACUAUUGUUUUCUUGACCGUGGUUGCGUGCAGAUAAUUGUCUUUAAGCUGCACUGGACGCCCAAACGAUAAUAAGAGCAACGGGACAGUUUCCCAUGUUACACACUGAGGGCCGAUAAAAGAUACUGAUGAAGAAAAAAAUACAUUUCGUAUGUGAGUAUCACAAAAUCAAAAUUACAUGUCAUAUAUUAUGAUUAUGGUUGACUAAAUUGGACUUCCAACCUCAUAGUGAAAAAUGUCCUGAGUUCAUCCACAAACAGAGAAUAUGUCUUCUCAGAACUCUUGCCGCAGCGUCGUAUGUUAUUGAAUUAUCUUAUUCAUAAUUGUGGGAGAUAUUUUCAUCGUUCCUUUAUUUCCUGUCGUCAACGGGCCUCCAUACGUUUCCAGGUUUGGCCCUCUAAUGGUCAUUUACUCUAAUUCCUAUGUUUUUUUUCCAUUUUGUAGAGAGAUGUGCUGUUAAGUUUUGCCUGAGAGUGUUUUUUGCCACAGUAAGCGACACGCUAAAAAUACACAGUACAUAAUAUCAUGGCGCAGCUCAGACGCAGCACAACACUUAACAGUGUGUUUACCCAGAGAACAAAGUCAUCAGUUAAUGUUUUAAUAGACAACUGCACACAGACUUCCAGUAGCAAUAGACUGGCACGGCUGAAAAGGGUAGUUUAAGCUAUGGACAUUUAUUUUGGUAACAUGUUAAACUAUGCUAGAUUGUGCAAUAUUGCCUUUACUUCAACUCUGUAAAGGUUAUUUUUUAUGUAGUUCUCAAAAGUACACGGGCAUUAUUUUUGUUUGUUUCUUUUUACUAAGUCGAUGGUGAGAGUUUGGAGUCAACGCUUUUGCACCUGUCCCACAAGUUACAUUUAGCUAAAUGCAAAUAAUAUAGUUUCUUGAAUACAUCAAGUGUAAAUUAUUCGGCACGGGGAGGUUGGACCGAAUGACCACCGACCAAGAGAUUAAAUUAGACCUCAGGUAUUCGAUAAAUAUUUAAUAAGUUAUUUUUAUUUCCGAUCUACACCUAGAAAGACAAAUUAUUUCCCUUUAAGUCACAAUUGGAGCAUUUUAAAUGACCUCCAGAACUCCUCAGCAAUACGAUUGAGACAAUCACCUGUUCUAAAUAAGACUGACAGCAGAGACCUUUGAGUGUUGUAGUCGCUCAGCACGGUAAAAAUGCAGCGCCUCGAAGUAAAAUAGUAUUACAGAUUUGAUAUUGAGCUUGUCGUUCAUCUUUUUGUUCUGUUUUUCCUUUUUUUUUUUUUUUAUUCUGACUUUUUCAUUUUGACAACACUUGGUAUUAUUACUAUAUAGCUAAAUUACUCAGGAAACCAGCUAGUACUCACUCCUUGUUUGAGUUGAUUGCCUGUUUUAUCUUUUUACUACACGUUAUUUUUUAUUAAUUUAAAUAAUUGUUUUAUACAGUUACAGUUUUAUAUGCAUUUCUAUACGUUAUUUUCUAGUUUGGUGUAUUUAAUAUUGACUGCUGGUGUAAAACGAAAGGCGUUUUGUGUUUUUAAAGAAGCCACUCGGUCUAACAUUGAUUCUGCCUUUUCCUCACUGACCAUGUGCAAACUGAGCUGAAUUGUUUCGGGAUUAUUGUGUCUUUGUCGGGAUUAUCACAGAUGAGAGGGUGUGUGUGUGCGUGUAUGUGUGUGUUUAUCUGUGUGUCCGUUGGCAUGAUGAGACUCUCUCAUGCUGUGAUCUCCAUUUUCGUCCUUUCCCGUUGAAUCAUUUUUGGGUACAAAAUGCUUAUUACAAUGUUUCCCCAACUCGCAUCCAAUUGUAAAUGAUGUUAACAAAAAUCGGCUUAAUGCAUUGUUGGUUUGCCAAAUUUGUCAUUAAUAAGGAAAUCAUCAGUUUGUCAGUGUUAAAAUGAAUUAUGUGACCGUAUGUUUUAAUGUGUUCCAUCUUUUCCUGCACACCAUCCACUAAAGGCAAAAUAAACUUGAUUGAGUUGAGUAA